AUGACAGUGUCGAGUGUUGGGGAGGACAGAGCCAUCCUGCUGGGCUUCACCAUGAUGGCCUUCUCUGUGCUCAUGUUCUUUGUGGUCGGCAUUACUAUGGUCAAACCUUACGUUAACAGCAACUGGGAGAAUGAGGCCAGCUGUGUGCUGCUGCAGGCCGUCACCCUGGAGGAGUGGGUGGACUGCAGAGGUGUGAGCACUGUGCCCUGUCUCAGGGUGACGGUUAACCUCACGGACUCCAAUGAGAGGGCUUUUCUCCACUUUGACGAGGAGUCGGUCCUCCUAGCUUCUGAGUGUUUCUACAUACCCAAAUGUCAGAUGGAAAGAACAGAACUUCAGGAUGAAGUCCUGAAAGUAAAAAAGAGCUUGGACGCUCAGCUGGGGAGCACCUCAUCGUGCUUCACUGACCGCGCAAGGCACCCCAGGGACGUCAUCUUGGGCAGGAAGUACACCUUUAAGAAGGCCCUGUUUGCAUUGCUGUGGCCCUGUCUGAUGCUGGGUGGUGGAGGUCUGCUGGUGGGCCUUGUGAAGCUGACACAGUGCUUAGCCCAUCUCUGCCCUGAGAUGUGCAGUGAGGCUGCAGUGGGCAGGCUGACAUCAAGGCAGGGCAAACUGUACAGAAUCUUUCGGAGGUCCAGCAUGCAGUCUCCUUCAUGA